AUGGUCUUGCUGAUUAUCGACUUUUUAUAUGAAGAUGAAAAGCCUCCUGAAAUCGAGGAUCCGUACGAUGAUUCGCCUCCGUAUCGGCCAAGUUCAACCGUAGCACUAGCGUUAACAUGCCACGCCUUUUGCGACCACGCUCUUGCUAGGGUCUGGCAUACACAGUUUAACCUCGUCAAUCUCGUCAAGUGUAUGCCUGCGGAUGCAUGGGUGCAAAAUGCGGGUGAAGUGAGUUUUCCCAGGUAUUUCAUGCCAGAGGACUUCACGCGCUUCAAAUAUUAUGCCUCCUUAAUCAAGGACCUCCGUCUCGUUACAGACUGGAAGAAGGGUUUGGAGUAUCUAAGCAACCAAUGCUACACGGAUCUGAUGAUGUUUCUUGGACGCCAAUGGCUGCCCAAUCUCCUGAGCAUCUACUCAUACAGUGAAGCUUUCGCCUUUGGGUACACGCCAGUAUAUAUCACAUCGUGCUUGCGGUCCUUGACGCUACAUCCACUCGUAAACGACAACGACGACGACGACGACGAAAUUCUAUGCACCGUCUCAAUUAUGGCAGCCCUACCCACUUUGGCUCCUCAAUUGACCCAUCUGUCCAUCGUCGGUCCUCAAAAGAACUCUAGCUCGGAUAUCUCGGAGCACGUGAUCAAGAUGCUUCAACAUGGUGAUCUUGGCCAACUGCAGCAUUUGGAGUGCGAACUCCCUUCCUCGUGCGACUCGACCAAAGCACUACUCGGCCAGCUGGGGUCUCUUUCUCUCCUAAAGAGCCUCAAUAUCUACUCGCAUCGGAAUGCAGAUCUUGACCAGCUUUUUGGCUGUAAUGCAUUCACGAGCGAGGAUUCGGCAUUCCUCGCGUUGACGUCGGUUCAAAUAUAUGUCACGGACUUGGACUCCGCAAGAACUGCUAUGAAGACAUUUUGUUCGUCCCCGCUCAGUCGCAUUUAUGUCGACCUUGAGUCACCUUACGACGUCAAAUCUAUCGGAGAUUUCUUCGAGGAGCUCGCCACCCGAUAUUCCUCUCUCCGGGAUAUCAAGGUAUUGUUAGCACCGGGUAGCGACGACGACGUAUCGGGCCCACCGGGGGAUUGCAUUUCUAUGGCUCAAUUAACACCGUUGUUCAGGCAUGGCAAUCUUCAAACACUUGAGCUGGACAUCCCCUGUCCCGUUGAUCUGGAUGACGCAGCCAUCAAAGAUAUUGUCAUGUGUUGUCCCCACCUGCGCACGCUGCGCCUUGACUGUAUAGACUCCGAACCGUAUCAAGAGGCAGCAAUCACUCUGGGCGUCCUCUCGAUGCUUGCCACUAUCCAUAAACCGAGGCUAGAGCUAGAAUGUCUAUCUCUCCCCUUCACCGUAAUGGCUCCCCUAGAGACAGACGGCGACUAUAAGGUAGUGUCGUCCCUCAAGACAUUAGACGUCGGCGGUCCGUCUGUCGAUGAUCCCGUGGAACUCGAAAGCUACAUCCGCAAGAUAUGUCCCAACUUGACAGAUCUCUGCUUGCCAAGUUCCAAACCAAUCCCGGAAUACGCACCGCUGCUUCAGGCUAGCGUUCACGUCCUGCAAUCACCUGUACGCAAGAAGAGUCGGACAAAGCGCUUCGCACGGGCUUUCUUUGACACCUUUUCCAAGGUUGUACAUUUGUAA